AUGCGGGUGCCGAACCGCGCAUCUAUCCGCUCCGGACCGAGUCCGGGGUUGAGCGCUUCCGACUCCCGUAAACAUGAAAGCAGCGCCGGUCGCAUCACGGCCGCCGGCUGGAGCUGCGGCGACAUUGAGGAGCACGCGCAGAUCUGGGGCGCGCAUGUGCAGGGCGUCGGCAUCUAA